UUUACAUUAUUGACAUUGGAUUGCAAACACAAAUCAAAUUAAAUUCAAAUCCAAUUAGCAAACAUUGGGACUGGCUAGAUUGUCACAGUCGGCAUCAUGGAUGCGGAGCAGCUGAAACGCCUUGAACGGAAGAACUCCGCCGACAUCGAUGACAUACUCGGCCAGUUUAAUACUAAGAAUGCGGACCUCCUGGUAUUUGACAGCUAUCACACGGACAACCAAUGGCAUGACCUCUGGCUGGCCAUAUUCGGUAUACUUGAUGAUCCAACGCUGGCGCCGAUGCACACGAAAUGCCUAAACACAGUUCGCAUAUUAACCCGCGAUGAGUUCAGCCUCAAGACGCAUUACAUCGAGCACGAGCUGGAUACACUGUUAUCGCUAGCACGCCUAGACACCAACGCCGAGGAUGAAACUGAACAACAACAGCUAAGCGAUGCCCAAACGGAAAUUAUGGGCGAAUCGCUUAAAUGUUUGUGCAACCUAAUCUAUCAGAGUGGCGACUGUCGUCGUUACUGUUUGCGCCAGAAAUUCUGUCUGGAUGCGGUUGUGAAGCGUUUGGGCAGCGCCUCAUCAACUCGUUAUCCGUGCACCUUGGAGUACUAUGACAUGAAGCUUCUAUUUCUGCUCACCGCACUGGAUUCAGCAGCGCGCACACGCCUCCAAAUUGAUCUCAAUGGAUUGACUUAUAUGACCAAUUGGCUGGACGAUAAGUUGACCGAGUCUGCUGUUGGCACAAGUGACGAGCAGCUGAACACCAUCUGUGAGCUGCUCAAGGUGAUGUUUACAGUAACUAGUGCACCAGACAAGAGUCCCAACGAGUACGAAAUCCAAAGUCUUCAUUUGACCGGUGUGCUGCGGGAGCUGCUGUUGCGCUUUGGCAGUCUCUCAACCGAACGGGAGCGCGCUGUAGUGACGCAUGCAAUUCACCUGCUCACAAACAUAUCGAGUAGCUGCCUCACCGAGCUCACGCUCAAGUGCAGCAAUGCCGAGGCGGAGCCGGAGUCGGAAACGAAGAGUGCCGCUGGCGCCGGACAGAGACCGGGUAAGUGCUGUGCUCUGUGCUUCGAGAAGCGCAACGUGCGCAGCCUGGCAGUCCUAUUGGACUAUCUGCGCCGCGCACUCGACCAGCAGGAGAAGGAGGCCAGCUCCCACGAGCUGGUAUCGCCGGUGCUGACGGUGCUCGUGAAAUGUGCACGCAGCGAUCGCAUUCAACGACACUAUUUACGAAUGGAGAUACUGCCGCCACUGAAGGAUGUCAGUAAGCGGCCGGAGAUUGGCAACGAGCUACGCAAUCAUCUGUGCCGCUACCUCACGCUGCCAGCGAUGAUCCUACGCGACCUGGCCGCCGAGCUGCUCUUUGUGCUAUGCAAGGAGGAUGUUGGACGCAUGAUCAAAUAUACGGGCUAUGGAAAUGCGGCAGGCUUGUUUGCCAAGCGUGGCGUCCUCGACUGUCGGCGUAUUGAGGGCGCUGAAUAUUCGUCGGACAGUGAAGACAGCGACACCGAGGAGUACAAGCAGCAGCAGCAGUGCUUUAAUCCAGUGCUUGGCUGUGUUGAACAGGCCAAGCCUAGUCCGCUCGAUGGCAUGUCCGACGAGCAAAAAGAAUACGAGGCCCUGCAGCUGGUCAAUCUGCUCGAGAAGCUGCGCAAAGAUGGCAUCGUGCAGCCGGCCCUAAUUGACAAGGAUGGCAAACCGCAGCCGCUGGAGCACAUACUCCAGCUGCAGGAGGAGCUGCCACAACAGCAGCUUGAGCAGAAGCGCAAAACAUAAAUUUCGGCAAAUGGCAAACAAAAAACAGAAAACGUUCAAUAUGCAAAAAACAAUCGAUAGGAGUCUUCCAAAACUCUGGAGGCAGCAGCAGCAGCAGCAGCAGCAACACACAAAUGGAUCACUGCUACCCUUUGUUCCACAUAUACACAUACAAAUAUAUAUAUGGCGGAUGCAACAUUUAUGAGCACCGCUUCCAAUCAAAUACACAAAUUGUAAUUCCAAUAUACAUACAUUUACUGAGAUAAUAAUAUCAAUAUAUACAAGCAAAAAGAUUGUUAGAGCAGACGGCAAUAGUUCGAGGGAGAGAGAGACAAGAAAAGGUUAAAUAAUUAAUAUGCGCCAGCAGUUGUGACUUCGUACUUGAUUACUCUGUGUGUGGCAUGCAACUGAAUUUGUAAUUGUAAUUGAUCUUUAUUAUAUAGAUAUGUAUUAUCAUUAACGUUUAAGCUCAACAGCCAAGCAACUGAAAGCAACCAAAUGAAAAAGAAAA